AUGCUUUUCCCUCCAACCUUGCCACUUUUCUGUUUGGUUUUAUAGCUCUCCCUAAUCUCUGUAGGUGUUUGCGGUGACCGGCAAGGCACAUCUUGAGGUUGGUAUAUUAUCAGCAGGGGAUGGAGCAGCAGAGGAACAUGAAAAUGGUCCAAGAACAAGAAGAACAUGAAGAGAUCCAGCAUGGCCCUUUCCCUGUUGAACAGCUUCAGGCGUCAGGUAUCGCUGCAAUUGACGUAAAGAAGCUGAGAGAUUCGGGUCUCUGUACAGUUGAAUCUGUUGCUUACUCUCCAAGGAAAGAUCUUUUGCAAAUCAAAGGAAUCAGCGAAGCCAAAGUAGACAAGAUCAUCGAAGCAGCCUCCAAAUUGGUGCCUUUGGGUUUCACUAGUGCAAGCCAACUCCACGCCCAGAGGCUUGAAAUCAUUCAAAUAACAUCUGGAUCAAGGGAACUUGACAAGGUUUUGGAGGGAGGAAUAGAAACGGGAUCUAUCACCGAGAUAUAUGGUGAAUUUCGCUCUGGAAAGACUCAGCUCUGUCAUACACUCUGUGUCACUUGCCAACUUCCAUUAGACCAAGGAGGUGGUGAGGGGAAAGCAAUGUACAUUGAUGCCGAGGGCACGUUCAGACCACAGAGACUCUUACAGAUAGCAGACAGGUUUGGAUUGAAUGGUGCUGAUGUCUUGGAGAAUGUUGCCUAUGCUAGAGCUUAUAACACUGACCAUCAGUCAAGACUGCUGCUUGAAGCAGCUUCAAUGAUGGUGGAAACAAGGUUUGCUCUCAUGAUAGUAGACAGUGCUACUGCUCUCUAUAGAACUGAUUUUUCUGGGAGGGGAGAACUUUCGGCUCGACAAAUGCAUCUUGCGAAGUUCCUCAGGAGUCUUCAGAAGCUAGCAGAUGAGUUUGGCGUGGCUGUUGUAAUUACAAACCAAGUUGUUGCGCAAGUUGAUGGUUCUGCAAUCUUUGCUGGGCCUCAAAUUAAGCCAAUUGGUGGAAACAUCAUGGCUCAUGCUUCAACAACAAGGCUUGCUCUCCGGAAGGGCAGAGGGGAAGAACGCAUUUGCAAGGUAAUAAGUUCUCCUUGUUUAGCUGAAGCUGACGCUCGGUUUCAAAUUUCUGCUGAAGGUGUUACAGAUGUCAAGGACUGAUAAAUUCCGAGGCUUUUGCAACUCAUUAUUUCAUCACAACCUUGUAAAUUUUUUGUUUCCAUCUGAAUUUUUGGAAUUGCCUCUUUUCCUUUUUGUGAGCUUGUUUCCAUUUGUCUUUUGUAAUGGAAAAGAGGAGCGAACAAUAUUCAAGUAAUGUUUCCGUUUUUGAGUCUUUUUUAUUUCA